UCAUCAGUGAACUCACCUAGGCAAUAGUCCUUCUAACUAGUAAUAAUAGCCUUCUGACUUCCCAAUUGAUCAGACAAAUUACCACAGCUUCACAUCAAGGCAAUGACACUGGUAAUGGAAAAUAAAUUGAUGCUGGAACGAGAUAAGAGAAUACAUGGCAUUGUUAAUUAAUAAUGAAUACAUCAAAUAGGUUAAAAUCAGCUAAAUGGGAGAAGGCAGUAAGGGAUGUGCUAAAACCUAGCUUAAUUAUGCCCCCUGUAACAAUAUCUUAGGUUAUGAUGAAGAAUUUUGCAGGUCUACUUUGAAGUUUACAAACAACUCUUGGUGUAAAAUCUUUAACAUUUGUUGGAAUAACACAAUUCCCUGUUUGCUCCCCCGAUAAUACUGUGUAGCAUCUGUCAGCAAUACCGUAAUCUCGAUUUCCAACAAGACAGCUAAAGUUAUUUUUUUGGCCAUGUCUAGAAGAAUGCUUUUGAUCUAGAUGGAUAAUUCUGAUAUAAAAGGAUACUUUUAAUCUAGAAGCAUAAAUCUGAUCUAGAAGGCUACUUCUGAUUGAAAGAUACUUUUGAUCUGAAAAGAUACUUCUCUUCUAGAAGUUACUUCUGAUCUAGAAGGCUACUGCUGAUCUGACCCUACAAACAGGACUCUGAAUGCUUUGAUAAUACUACUUGAAGCAAGCUUUAGAUUAGGAUUUGUUCAAAACUAAAUUUUAGUGGACUUUUUGGUAGGCAAAUCUGCAAAAAAAGUUCCAGUUUGAAAAAAUUAGGUCUCUCAACCAUUUCUAUUUUCACUGCAGAUGUAAUAAUUAAUUACAUGGUAACUGAAUAAUGGGAGUAAUUAUCUUAAGAUGUGGUGCAAUGAAUGUCACAUUGCACUGCACUGCUGUGCUGCUGCUGGCGAUGUCGUGUGGUGCGCACGGCUCCUCUAGCACCACGAGACUUACAGGACAAGGUUGUGAGAGAGGCUCUGCAUGCCUCCUCCUGGCACGGUGUCCUGAACUUCAGGCUGAACUGCAGGCAUUGUUAAGACAUCUAACUGUGAGCAGAUUGGACAGAUUACGGUCUCUGACUUGUGGGUUCGAAAAAAGGAGAGCAAAGGUGUGCUGCCCUUCGACAGCUGGGACUGUUCCAUUGCAUUCAGUCCCCACUAGCAAGCCUACUCUCUUGGCAGCCAGCGAGGCACUGCUGCCCUCAUCCUGCGGUCACGCUGUCUCCAGGGAAAAGAUACAUGGGGGCACCCCUGUACCCUUGGGCGCGUACCCAUGGAUGGCCGUGCUGGGCUUUACGCGUUCCGGCGACCGUCUGGCUACGUCAAUUCACUGGGGCUGUGGUGGGUCACUGAUCACUGAACAACACGUGCUCACUGCCGCGCAGUGCACCGUACCUACAAUGACGAACUUCUUCGACCUAACUGUCGUUCGGUUGGGAGAACACAACCUGGUGAAAAAUCCAGACUGCAGUUCGUCGUUUUGCGCUCCGGAACCCUUGGACUUCGGCAUCUCGUCUGUCAUCCGGCAUCCUUCCUUCAACACGCGCGGUGCCCUCAGUGAUGACGUAGCAGUCCUCAAGCUGGACAAAACUGUUGAUUUUUCUUCGCUUUACAUCCAACCCAUAUGCUUGCCAAGUCCUGGCAUGUCAGCCAAGACCAUCAUUCAGGGCAGAGACGUGUUUGUCAUCGGAUUUGGCGACACGGAGGCCGGCGUGAGAAGCAACCAGCUUCUGGAGGUUCUGCUACCUUAUGUACCAAUGCAGCAGUGCCGCAUGGUAGCCAACUAUAGCAGCCUUGCUGCCAACGGCCAGGUGUGUUUGGGCGGGAAGUUCCAAAUGGACUCGUGCUUCAAGGACUCAGGAGGACCUGCCAUGGUCACUACCACCCCGACCAGCUCUCAGUAUCUUCAGGUGGGCAUUGUGUCGUACGGCACGCAGUCCUGUGGUGUGGAGAACGUGCCUGCCAUAUACACCGACGUGGCUUACUACCGCAACUGGAUUGUCAGUCAACUAUCUGCCUGAUUUUAGGCCCUUCUCUCGAAUUGGACAUUUCUUGGCACUUAAGAAAAUUUUCUAUGUUUUUCGUAAUUUUCUGUGAGAAUUAAUGAGAAAAAUAGUUGCAAUAAAUAGGAAUCGGGAACGUUAUUAGUUACCGCAAAAAUUGUGCUGAGUGCAGGCUUAUAUAAAUUUUAUAACUGCCGAGCUAUCUAUUUUGUUAACAGAACUGAAAUAAACAAUUUUACAUUUCAAUUCCCGAAAUAAGUUUAAUGUGAAUGAAAGAAACUGUUAUACUUAUAGGCUAUUUUUAUCAUUCGUUCAUCGCCUACCUACAUGAUUUUAUUGUAUUGUUAACUUCAUCUGAAAGGUCAAUCUAAAAAUGUGUUUCUUAAAAGAAUAUAGUAAAUCAAUGCUGU